AUGACUCACGUUCGAACUCUUUUGUUGGGUUUAACUUGUCCACGCUACUUUUCUACCAGUUCAUUUGGUGAACUUGAAACUUGGUAUGAAGAAAUAGACAAAUCAUCUCUUAUCAAUGUACAUGUAAUUCAACCAAUAUAUCCUAUCGAUCAAAUAUCACCACCGCCAUUCCUUCUUGCUGCUUACGGUAUCAACAGUAAAUAUACAGCUAAAGAUGUUCUCGAUCGAUGGUCAAGUAUUUUUGAUUCAUGUAUGAAUCAAAAUAUUCGAAUUUUAGACUUCUCAGCAGAUUGUGAUCCAAAACAAAUGAAAGCAGUGCGGGACUCCAUGGGAUUUGAAGAACAUCCUAAUCGUUUCGAAAUUUCUUUACUUAAAGUAAGUGAACAAGUAUAAUUAGUUUCAUAUGAAAAAGAAAAUCAAUCGGA